GGCGGUUUAGUACAGGAGAGCUGCACCCAGGAGACUAAGCAGUCAAAAUGGUCAAGGAAUCGGGAUACUACGAUACCCUUGGUGUUCCACCAAAUGCCACCCCUGAUGAGAUCAAAAAGGCAUACAGAAAAUUAGCUCUGAAGUACCACCCUGACAAGAAUCCAAGCGAAGGGGAAAAGUUUAAACUGAUUUCUCAGGCCUAUGAGGUGUUGUCUGACCCCAAGAAGCGAGACCUCUAUGACCAGGGUGGGGAACAAGCUAUUAAAGAAGGUGGAAUGGGUGGAGGAAGCUUCUCCUCUCCCAUGGACAUCUUUGACAUGUUCUUUGGUGGAGGUGGCCGCAUGAACAGAGAGAAAAGAGGCAAAAAUGUGGUGCACCAGUUGUCUGUAUCCUUAGAAGAGCUUUAUAAAGGAUCAAGCCGCAAGCUGGCACUACAGAAGAACGUCAUUUGUGACAAAUGUGAAGGACAUGGAGGCAAGAAAGGAGCAGUGGAGAAAUGUACCACAUGCAAGGGCCGUGGUAUCCAGGUUCAUGUACAGCAGAUUGGGCCAGGGAUGGUCCAGCAGAUUCAGACUAUGUGUUCUGAUUGCCAAGGCAAAGGUGAACGCAUUAACCCUAAAGACCGCUGCAAACGGUGUAAUGGCAAGAAGGUGAUACGUGAGAAGAAGAUACUCGAAGUGCACAUAAAAAAAGGCAUGAAGGAUGGACAGAAAAUUGUAUUCCAUGGGGAAGGAGACCAGGAACCAGGUUUAGAACCAGGAGAUGUAGUCAUUGUGUUAGAUCAGAGAGACCAUGAGGUGUAUCAAAGGCAAGAGGACAAUUUGAUUAUGAGAAUGGAGAUUCAGUUAGUUGAAGCAUUGUGUGGGUUCAAGAGAACAUUAGAGACCAUGGAUGGCCGAACUCUUCUAAUCACAUCACACCCUGGUGAAGUUACAAAGCACGGGCACCUGAAGUGUAUCCAGAAUGAAGGCAUGCCAUUACAGAGAGAUCCAUUUGAGAAAGGACUUCUCAUUAUUCAGUUCCAUGUGGCUUUCCCUGACAACAACUGGCUUCCCACAGAGAAGCUCUGUCUACUGGAGAAUUUGCUGCCACCUAAAGAAGAAAUUAUGGUCACUGAUGACAUGGAUGUUGUGGAGCUUGUGGAGUGUAACCCAAAAGAACAAAGCAGACAUUACACAGGAGAGGCAUAUCAAGAAGAUGAAAAGCAGAGAGGCGGGGUACAGUGCCAGACAUCAUGAAUUACUUCAGUAUUAAGCUGAAUAAGGGACUGAUUACAAA